UUGGUUCCACUUGUCAAAUUGUAGAAUUUCGGUUAUGUUUCUGUUUUUGUUUAUUUUUAAAUGUAAAUAUGACAAAUAUGCGGGGGAGAAGUUUAGAAAAGUUUGAGAAGUACGAAUUUGUCCACUUCACCAAAAACCACCCAACUUUAAGCAUAAUCCUGCUCCUAGUCAUAUUCUUUGCCACUUUAGUCCCUGGCAAAGUGAUAAACUGUCGUCCUCUACCUCAAUGUUGCCGUAGAUACAUUUUUUCGCCAGCCUGUAGAGGAGUCGCUGCCAAGCGCAGUGAAAUGGCUCUAAAAGGAAUCAAUCAGGCUUUGAUGCGAGAUCCAAGAAUGGAGUUUCCCGCCCUGGAUCCGGAUUAUGAUGAGAAUGGUGACUUUGGAGCUUUGAUUGAUGAUGAAGUCGAUUUUCAAGCUUUGAAUCGGAUCAAGAGUAGCACCAACGUACAUGUAGAAUAGAUAGAUUAUUUUGUGAUGUGAUGAUUCAAUAUUUCUUUGAACAAUAUGAGAAAAUUGUUUUACUAUUAUUUAUAGGAACAAAAAAAAGCAGAUACAAUAUAUUGUAAAAAUACAAAAACAAAAAAAUUCUAAUAAUCUAUAAUAUUAUUAGCUAAAUCGUUUUGCCUAAUUUCAUCAUUGCUCUCACUUGAACCUUGGCCGUUAAUAAAGUCCACAAAGUCAGAUGGAGUCGUUUUAUGAUCGGUUAAAAUAUAAGCUGCUCAUGAAUUCGAGCUUGUGGUUGAUGGAAUCUUUUUCGGAAAAAUUUUGCAUCUAAAAUAAAGAUCCUGGAAAACAGAAAACUUUUUUGAUUGAGAAUUGAUAUCAAAUGAAAAGAUCAUUAAAGGUGGUGUGACCCAAAAAUAAAAGUUUUAGUGCAA